UUUCGGACAAAAAAAAAAAAAUUACAAAUUGAAAUAUUAUUAUUUUGUGUGGAUUGUGAUCGUCUGAAUAUGUAACACUUUCUUUUCGGGGGACAUGCGACUUGCGAGAUGCCAACCCGAGCCACGUGCAUUACACGGAUUCAUAACGAUUUCCUUUUCUUUUUUGUUGGCUUUAAAGAGAGACAAAAUAGUAGAAAAAUCCUUUUAUUUUCUUUUUCAUUAAAUUGGUGAAAAAGAUUUGUCCAUUAUGUUAAUUUUCGAAUUUUUAUUUAAAUUAUACUUAGCGUGAUAAAGGCAACUGGCCGAGUGAACUUUAAUUUGAUUUAAUCAAAUCAUAAGGAUUUUACAUCUAUUUUUUUUUCUUUUGUUCUUAAAUAUCAUUUGGUAAAAUUAAAAAAACUCACUUAGUUUUUAACUUUUAACAAACCAACCAGUAAGUAAUUAUAAUGGAUAUUUUCACAUCGUAGAUAACAAGUAAUUAAUUAAUUACAUUCAUUUUUAUUUUUUCAUUUAAUUUUUAUGCGAAUGUAAAACAAGAAAAAAAAUAAAAAAUUUCUCUCUUCCUUGUUCAACCGUAGGUGUUCGUCGGAAAAGUAUCUUCGGCUUCAAAUUUCUUUAGAUUUUCCCUUUAUUUUCGACUACCGUUCGCCAAUCCCAGGCUCUGCAUCUUUCUCAGGAACUUGAAAUCUUAAGGAAGAGUUGCAACUUGAUUUUUGAUUUGGGGAUCUCUCAAGAAGCAUGAUUGCUUAAACCGAUAUCGCACAUUAUUGUGCAAUGCAAGGCGAAAAGGAGGUGUUGUUGAACAGUGAAGGUCCUAUAGACGAGGGCCGAGUAUCAUUAAACCAAAACAGCAAUCCGAAUAUAGACUCUCCAGCUUCUAUCUGUGUUGCUAAGUUUCCUGCUAAGAAGCCGACGAGGCAAUGGGCUGCUUGGACGCAUCAAGAAGAGGAAAGUUUCUUCACUGCGCUUCGUCAAGUUGGAAAGAACUUUGAGAAGAUUACUUCUCGUGUCCAAAGCAAAAACAAGGACCAGGUUAGACAUUACUAUUAUCGCUUGGUGAGGCGUAUGAACAAGCUGUUGGGUCCGGAACUGAGUCUUGAUGCCAAGAACCCAAAGGACACAAAUGCUGCAAUGCUACGAUGGUGGUCUUUACUGGAAAAGUAUAGCUGCAAAGCUUCAAAACUUCACCUCAAACCCCGGAGAUUCAAGCUAUUCCUAGAGGCCUUGGAACACCAAUUGCUGAAAGACCGCAGAAAAACCACAAGAAAACGUGUUUGCCAGGGAGAAAAUUUAUCUGCCGCUUCCCUUGGAAACAUCUCAGGUCAUAGCAGGGAAAGAGGAUUGGAUAAUCGUCCAUUUAAACUUAUUCUUUGCGACAGCCAAAAUGUUAAAAAGCUAGGGCCUGGAAGAACAUCAACCAAACAUGGUGAAAGCCUAGGUGAUGAAAAAGAAGAUACAGCCUUUGGGAGAGGUGGAAGGCAACGACGAAAACAAGUUCUUCCAUCUUCAGCAGGUUGUAGAAAAUGGGAAAAGGCUGCAAUAGAUGGAGUCUCUUUGGUUGCUGAUGCUGCAGAGCAUUUAGAACGAACAUCAAUCGACAAUAAUAUGGAUGGUCAAAAAGACUUAGGUCCCACAAGAUAUUUAAUCGGAAAGUCCCCUCUUUCUCUAUGCUCGUCUGGUGAGGUUCCUCUCAGUGAUGCCAAUGCCAAGUUGAAACUUCAGUUGUUCCCAAUUGAUGAAUCUACUCGCAGAUCCUUGGAAAUGGAGAAGCACAAUCCGCAUCUGGAACUUACUCUUAGUAAUCGCAAGAAGAUAUCUUCUGUGCUGGAACAUCUCAAUCGCAAAUGGGGAAGUUCAAGUUGUGCGACUGGAGAGCUAAUUCUGUUCCCUUACAAUGCAAGGAAAGAAACUGUAACUUGUCAUCAGAGAUGGACCCAUGAAUCAUUUCUAAGCGCAGCAGAAGUGCAUUCUAUGGUUGGAAGUCCCUCAAUCUUCCGCUUAAGGUAUGGCUGGUUCGUCCAUGAUGCAUCAGGUUCUUUGAUCUCUCAAGCUCCAGCUUCAGCUUCUUGUCCUUCACUCGAGGAUGACAUGAAUGUGGAUGAGGCGAAUGAGGUGAACGAAGUGGAUAUGUUCCUUACUGAAUCAGGACACAUAUCUGUGCCUCCAACUGCUGAACAAGCGGCAUCUGUAGUAUGUGCCUCUGGUGAAAUCUAUGAUCGUCCUGCAGAAUGUAGAGAUAAUUAUGAACCUUCCUCAGCGAGUAUUACUCCAUUUAAUCACAUGAGCAGCGGUAAUGCACUAUCAGCGGGAGAAUGGGCUGAUAGUCUUACUAACGUAAGUAUAGGCGAUCUACUUUCUGAAGUGCCCAAUGACAUAGAUAGCGAUUGUGUGGAACCACACGCCACUGAGGUUUCACAUUGCCUCCUUCGAGAUGUCUCAUUUGCCUCUGACUCUUUUGAUGCUGCAAUCGCUGCUCAUAUACUAAGACACCAGAAGAAGCCAAGUGCUCUAGUACCGAUGACUACUACUGGCUCGUCUUCUCUAUGGGAUGAUGAAGAAACACGCGAUGCCUUCUCUUUCCGAAAGAAUCGUUUUGCAGAUUCCACCGAGCUGGCUAAUGUUGCUUCUCCUGUAGGUGUUGGUAGAGUAUAUGGAGAGCCUUCUCACUUGGUGGAGGCUUUAUCCGGCGAUGAAGGGCCUUGUAACCCUCCCGACCAUGGAGAUCAAAUGGAAGAGAGUCCAAAAGACCCUCAUACGAUGGAUUCUCCAGGGAAGAUCCAUUGUGGGCUUGCGGAUGUAUAUUGGCCCGACUCGCUAGGACCAUUAGAUCUAGACCUUAGAUCUUCAAAGUACAGCGAGGAUUUGAUCUUCACUGAGAGCCUCGGGGGUUUGAGCCGUCUGAUAGCGACCAGCCUUGACGCGUUUCAGAACUGCUCGCUCUUUGGGUUUGACAACAAGAAGGAUAAGUCUAACAUGGUCUGAAAUGGGAACCAAAGCAAAAGCAUGGGGUCAAAAUGUUGAUAGCUGAAAAAAGAAAGCGUCUCCUUGCCUUUGAAAGAAUAAACUUGAUCAUAACUUGAUAGCUUCACUGUACAAAAAAAAUCUGAUGAAAGUUUUUAUCUCUUCCUUUCUCUCACACAUUCUUCUGUGUUUUACAUGUUUCUAUGUGUACACUUUUACUGUUAUUUACAUGCUUAAGUUGGCUAUCAUGCCGUUUUCUUUUCUACACUUUUGUUUUGUUUAUUGAAGUUAAUUUUCAUGGCUGGCCAAAGCAAAAACAUGUCAGAUUAAUAUUCUAAAGUCUAAACUCUUUAAAGAAUUGAGUAAAAAAAAAUGAAUUUGUGUAAUUUGAACAUUUUUUUUUGAAUGAGUGGAUAUGUCCUCUUAAGGCCCACGAAAAUGAUGUAAGCCAACUUGCAAUAUAAAGACAACACAUAUAUGAUGGUCCAGUCUAUUCCCUUCAUACGUAACGUCGAAGAGAUCCUCUCUACGUGCCCUUGUAAUAUCCAUCCUCCUAU